AUGGACACAUUCAAAUCCAAAGGCCCAUCCUCCUGCCACAAGGAAGGCCCCAUGGCUGAUAAAUACAAGUGCCUCUACUGCAAGGAGUCCCUGCAGGGCAAGAAGUACGUGCAGAAGGAUGGGCAGAACUGCUGCGUGCCGUGCUUCGACCAGUUUGGAGCCAACAUCUGUGAGGAGUGCCAGAAGCCCAUUUGUGUGGACUCCAAGGAGGUGCACUACCAGAACCGCUUCUGGCAUGACACCUGCUUCUGUUGUUCCCUGUGCGGCCAGCCCGUGAGUGAAGACACAUUCGCUGUCAAGGAGAACAAGAUCUUAUGCAACAAGUGCACACUGCUGGACAACACCCUGUGCAAGGGCUGCUUCCAUCCGAUUGUGGCGGGGGACGAGAGUGUGGAGUACAACGGCAUCGUGUGGCACAAGGACUGCUUCAUCUGCAGCAGCUGCAAGCAGGUCAUCGGCCUCGGCAGCUUCUUCCCCAGAGACGACCAGUACUACUGCGUGUCUUGCCAUGAGGCCAAGUUUGCCAAGCACUGCGUGAAAUGCAAGAAGAUCAUCUCGUCCGGAGGAGUCACUUACCAGGACCAACCAUGGCAUGCAGAAUGCUUCGUGUGCUCCAACUGCUCCAAGCAGUUGGCUGGGGAGCGCUUCACCACCGUGGAGGAAAACUUCUACUGUGUGGAUUGCUACAAGAACGUCGUGGCCAAGAAGUGUGCGGGCUGCAAGAACCCCAUCACGGGCUUCGGCAAAGGCUCCAGUGUGGUGGCCUAUGAAGGACAAUCCUGGCACGACUACUGCUUCCAAUGCAAAACAUGCUCUGAGAACCUGGCCAACAAGCACUUUGUGUUCUACGACAACCAAAUUUACUGCCCUGAGUGUGCUAAGAAACUGUAA